CUAGCCGCCACCAUGGGCAUCAAAUUUUUAGAAGUUAUCAAACCUUUCUGUGCAGUUCUACCAGAAAUUCAGAAACCUGAAAGGAAAAUCAAGUUUGGAGAGAAGGUACUAUGGACUGCUAUAACUCUCUUCAUCUUCUUAGUAUGUUGUCAGAUACCACUAUUUGGAAUCAUGUAAUCAGAUUCUGCAGAUCCUUUCUACUGGAUGAGAGUUAUUCUUGCAUCCCACAGAGGAACGUUAAUGGAAUUGGGUAUCUCCCCAAUUGUAACAUCUGGUUUGAUUAUGCAGUUGUUAGCUGGAGCCAAAAUCAUUGAAGUUGGAGAUACACCCAAAGAUAGAGCUCUAUUCAAUGGAGCCCAGAAACUAUUUGGUAUGAUCAUUACAAUUGGGCAAGCCAUUGUGUAUGUCAUGACGGGCAUGUACGGGGAUCCUGCUGAAAUGGGUGCUGGAAUCUGUCUCCUUAUCAUCAUUCAGUUGUUUGUUGCUGGUUUGAUUGUGCUGCUGUUAGAUGAGCUGCUACAGAAGGGUUACAGCUUGGGGUCUGGGAUUUCCCUCUUUAUUGCCACCAACAUCUGUGAAACCAUUGUCUGGAAGGCCUUUAGUCCCACUACCAUUAACGCUGGCAGAGGUACUGAGUUUGAGGGUGCAGUCAUAGUUCUCUUUCAUUUACUGGCCAAGGACAAAGUUCAAGCUCUAAGGGAGGCUUUCUAUCGUCAGAAUUUACCCAAUCUCAUGAACCUCAUUGCUACAGUUUUCGUGUUUGCUGUUAUAUAUUUUCAGGGAUUUCGUGUGGACCUGCCCAUUAAGUCGGCCCGGUACCAAGGGCAGUACAGCAGCUACCCCUUCAAGCUCUUCUACACCUCCAACAUCCCCAUCAUCCUGCAGUCGGCCCUGGUGUCCAACCUGUAUGUUAUUUCCCAGAUGCUGUCAGUUCGAUUUAGUGGCAACUUUUUAGUAAAUUUACUAGGACAGUGGGCUGAUGUCAGUGGGGGAGGACCUGCUCAUUCUUACCCAGUGGGGGGCCUUUGUUACUACCUUUCUCCUCCUGAGUCCAUGGGCGCCAUAUUUGAGGAUUCUGUCCAUGUGGUUGUUUGUAUCAUCUUCAUGUUGGGAUCAUGUGCAUUCUUUUCUAAGAUGUGGAUAGUGGUGUCUGGUUCCUCAGCCAAAGAUGUAGCUAAACAGCUUAAAAAACAGCAAAUGGUAAUGAGGGGCCACAGGGAUACCUCUAUGGUUCAUGAGCUUAAUAGGUACAUCCCCACGGUGGCUGCGUUUGGGGGCUUGUGCAUCGGCACCCUGUCGGUGUUGGCCGACUUCCUUGGGGCCAUCGGCUCGGGCACUGGAACGUAG